GAUUAAACUACGGCUUUAGUUAUUCUUUUCCACUUAUGUUACUCUUCCUCCGAGCUCAGGCCAUGGCGAAGAACAGGAACAAGAAGAAGCAGAAUGGCGCCAUCUCCAUGAACAUCUCCGAAAACGCUGUUUCAGAUCUCCCUCAACCAAUGGAUACUUCAGAAUCUGGAGCUCCCAAGUCAGCUUUUGGUGCAAUCGAAAGAUGAAAGGAAGACCAAUGAAGAGAUCCAAACAUGUUCGGAAGAUGAAAGCACUUGCGAAAGCUAUUGCACAAAAUGAGAAAGUUGUUGAGAAAGUCUUGAAGAAUGAAAGCAAAUCAGUGAGAACUGAAUCAGCCAAACUGUUGUAUGACUGAAUAUGAUGAAAAAGGGUUAUGGUUAUAAGACCCUUUACUGCAUUGUUU